GCAAACCACACAUAUAUAAACACAUACAUAUAUGUACCUAUCUAUCUAUAUAUAUAUAAAUCAAAAGCGCCACGAGCAUAAACACAUAAUAAAACUAACAGGACAUAAAAGAGAGGCACCGAACGAAACCCAUAUCGAGACGCAAAAACCCUAAAUGGUAUGAUGAAAUGAGAGGACCAUGGAUAGGGAACACGGAGCGAGCGCGCAACCCUGGGGCACGUUAGAGGAGCUCCUGCUAGCGUGCGCCGUGAUCCGCCACGGCACCAAGAGCUGGGAUUCCAUAGCCAUGGAGCUUCAGAGCCGGAGUUCCACCUUGCCUUCCACUCUCACGCCCCAGUACUGUAGGGACAAGUUUGAUGACUUGAAGAAGCGCUUCAUGCCUGAAAAAGACGACGAAUCGGCCAGCCUGCUUCCCAUGGUCGACGAGCUCCGUCGGAUUCGGGUCGAGGAGCUCCGGCGCGAGGUCCAGCGCCGCGACGUGUCGAUCGUGUCGUUGGAGUUGAAGGUGAAGAGGUUGGAGGAGGAGAGAGAGCGGAGCUUGAAGGCGGAGGCGGAAGCGGUGGAUCUGAAGAAGGAUCUCGAAGGUGACGGCCGAGAAACGUCGCCGGCGCCGGAUAAUCUCGCUGGGAAAUCUCUCUCCGACGAUAAAGACAAUCGCUCUUUCAACGAGUCCAAUUCCACGAGUCAAAGAGGCGACGGUCAAGGGCCACCGGGAAACGGCGUCGUUGCAGAGCAAGUGAGACCCGAACUGGUGGGAAAUGAACCGGAUCCGGGCCGGGCCGGGCCCGCACCGGGCAACGACUCUUCGUUUGAUAAUGGUAAAGAGGAGGAUAUAGGUGGUAAGGCGAGUGGGUCGGGUCGACUCGGCGAGAUGGAAUCGGUGGGUGAGUCGAAGCGGGAAAAGGAAGCAACGUCGAAGCAAAGCAGCGACGUGCAGAGCUCGGCCAGCCUGUCGAGAAAGAAAAAACGACGUCGCAGGGGUGGUGGUGUUGGAGGGAGUAGCAGCGGCGAGGAGCCCGAGGGUGACGAGGUAUCUCCCGCCACGAAACGAGUCUCGGCCGUCAAAUCUGAGCCGUUGGUGAAGCUCCUCGGGAUCAUCCGGUCGCAUCGGCUCGGCUCAGCCUUCGAGCGGCGGCUUCGGAGCCAGGAAUCAGGAAGGUACAAAAGCUUGAUUCGACAACACAUGGAUCUCCCAACAAUUCAAUCCAGGCUUGAUAGAGGAGUCUAUACGGAUUUUAUCCACAAGUUCUUUCGUGAUGUCCUCCUCUUAUUCAACAAUGGUGUCAUCUUUUUCCGUAAAGGUUCCCCUGAGCACGUUGCAGCCAAAGAGCUCCGAGCUCUAGUAUGUAAUGAACUCAACAAGAAGCUCCCCAGGAAAUUCCAAACCAGAACCGUGAAGCCCGAACCCAAACAAGAAUCCGACUCACUUUUGAAGCCCAAUAAGUCCUCUACUACCAUGGUGGCAUGUGGGAAACGAAGUUCUAUGAAAGCACUGAUUACCGAAGGUGUUAAUAGGAAAGUAGAUAAAAGAGAGAAAGAGCUUGAGCAAAAACCAAAUGUCAGCCAAAAGAACAAUGAUGUUUCUUUUGUUAAGAUGGAGGAGAAAGGUAUAAGGAAGAAAAGGAGUAAAGAAAGAAUGGGUCGGAGAAACUCGAGAUCGAGCAACAAAGAUGGUGACAUUAAGCAUGAAUAUGGUGGGAAUGAGCUCAGUUCUCAUGACGCUUUGGAGGUUAAGAUGGAGAAAAAGGAAAAUGCAGUAAAGAAGAAGGCAGGUGCGGCGAGUUUUUUAAAAAGAAUGAAGCAAAAUUCGCCAAGUGAAAUGGUAGAGGAAGAUGAUACUUCCGAGGAUGAUAGCAAAGAGGGUAGAAGGGAGGAGGAGAAGAAGAGGAGGUUAAGGAAGAGGGAAGGGAUCAAGAGGGAUGAGAGGGUUACACGGAGUUCUAGUGGUGGGAGAGGAGGGAAAGAGAAUGCAAAGGUGAAAAGAGGGGUUGGGAGGCCACCAAAGAGACCCGAGUCUGUGGCCGUGGCAGCUACAGGGAAGAGGGGGAGAGACAAUGGUGAGGCAGAGGUGGUGGGAGGUGCAGGCAGGUCAAGGAAACGUUCAAGAAGGUGAUGUUGAUUGUUGUACAAUGUACAUUAUAACUAUAUAGCGUGUUUUUUGCCUUUUAUUUUGUUGCCAAGUUCGGUGUUUUACCUACCCAAAAAGAGGGAAAGAAUCAAACGAAUAGAGAGAGAGAGAAAGAGAGAGAGAUUGUGAACUCGUAGAAUGUUUUGUGGCAGCCAUUGCAUGUACACAGCUUGUGUAGAGGUAGUCGUAUCAAUCAUGAGCCUUUUCUAUCUUA